CACUCUUAAAAGAGGUUGCAUACAACAAAACAAAAUCAACAAAAUCCAAACUUUAAAAUAAACAACAAAAUAAAAUUAAGACUAGCAAUGCGCUGGUACAAAAUGGUCAGAUAGAGUCAUUAUAUGUUUGUGAAUAAUGGAAAAUUCCCGGCUUGUUGGCAAGGAAAUAAUAAAUGGUUUGCAAACAUCAGCAUCAAGAGAAGACAUAAUAAAGUGGCUUACAAUUGUUAGAGCCGUUCUUGUUCCGAAAAUUCUAGAAUUCGGAACAGAAAGAUUAAAUUUAUAUGGUUAUGAUCCUGCAAGAUUGUUGUCGUUUAGGCAAGAAUUAAUUUCAGAUUAUGCCAUUAAAUUCUAUGACAGAAUAAUUUCCAAGUUCUCAAUAGAAUGGCUGUCACUACUGACUUCAGAUGGAUUCCACACACUUGUUUUACCUCUUUUUCUUGAAGGCCCUGUAAAGGAUUCAUUAUUUGCUUUAAACAAAGCAACCUUUGGGGCAACCAGGUAAUUUAAAGUUAUUUAUUAGACAUGUAGCUAAGACUAUAUGUUGUAUGUUUUUUAAACUUAUAAAUAUAUAUGUAUGGUAGGUUUAGAACAAGUAGGCCUAUUCUUAUUCUUUUUGCAUCACCACACCCCUUCAUGAUUUUAAAACAUUUCCUGCACCUCCUUCUGGAUUCAAAGCAUAUAUUCUGCAACCCCCAAAAUAUAAAUACAAAUAAACCUGAUUUUUUUACUGUGUCUUCCGACUCUGCCUCUAACACCACUGGUUAACAAACCCUGGUCUAGAACUAAAGAAAGGUUAUUUUAAAUUGUUUGUUCUUGGUAAUUUUCUGUGCAGUUAAGGGGUAGACUUUGAAAAAUAUAGUCAGAUGAGGUGUGAGCUACAUGAUUUUAACAAAAGUUUAUGAAAUAAAUAAAAAUAGUUUGUGCAUUAUAAAAUUUAAAUGCUUUGUCAUACCCAGUUAUAAAUAAGAUACAAUUUUUAAAAUGGGAAUGAUCUUUAAAUUAAAUAACUAAAUCUAAAUUUUAAAAUAAAUUUAAAUGUUCUUUCCCUUCAAUUUGUUUCAGCAAAGAUGUUAAGUUUAAUAAAUGUGUGUUGAUACUUGAGCAGUUUAUGGUGCAUGAAAGGCUGGCUCAGCUUUUAAUAGAUCUAAGUACUGUUAGUAUGGAUGACCAGGGAGCAUCUAAAUCUUCUCAAGUGUUAGAUGUAGAAGCAGUGAUACUUUCUCAAAUUCUGCCUUCCUUCCCUGAGAAUAUUGCCAACAGACUUCAGCGUGAAAAUAGGUAUGCAAACUUUGAAAAAAUUUAAUAUGAAAAUAGAAAGCCUUAUUGGUGGAUGUGUAUAGUCUUUUAAGUGGGAGUGUAUGUUUUAAACAAACCUUCUGACAUUUGCUCUGUAAGAGCAUAUAAUUUUGUGGGCCAUCUAAAUAAUUUCUAUUUCUAAUUAUUUUUUUUAAAGUAGCACUAUUCUCAUCUUUCCAAUCAAAUUUCAAGUAAGUAAACAUAUGUGAGUGACAAAUACUUUUUAAAAAUAUAGGUUUCUAUACAUUUUAAAAAAAAUCUUACCUCAUCAAUCCUCUUCUUAUCUUGAUACAGUGCACAAUUCCUUCCCCAAAAUUACAUCCCAGAAAUAGCACUGGCCAUCUUAGAUACUCUGCAGUGGGCUCAUGACCUCCUGGCUAGUGGUCAUGAUGUUUCUCUUCUUUUUGUUAGUACUCUCACAGGAAAACUGUGUUUAACGGGAUAUGCAGGUUAGUUGAACAUUUUUCUUAAAAUACUUGAUGAUCAAUAAUGAAUAUGAUGUUCACUUACUUUAUAUGUUAUAGAUCACAUAGCAAGAUUUAUUAACUAUUUUUAUGUGUCCAUUACUUUUUAACAUAAAAUUGAUGAUGGUUGCUUUGUUUUAUAGAUUUAUUACUGGACACCCUUUUACCUCAUUUGUGCGUUCGUGUGAGAACUGACUUUAUUUGGUGUAGAUUAUGUCAAAGAGUGUUUGCUGGGGUGCCAGACAGGAGUCUAGAAGCAGUAGUAGUGCCUGUUUUAAAAAAGGUUUCAUGGUGAGAAAAUUGUAAAUUUAAUUAAGGAAAUAUUUAUUAGCAUAACUUAAAGCUUCUUUUGUUUUUACAUAAAAAUAGUAAAAUAAUGGUAAAUAAUUUUUAUGAACUUAAUUCAACUUAAUUUUGUUUUAUUUUAUUUCUAUUUCUUAAUUUUUUUUUUGUAUUUUAUAAAAUUUAAUGGAGAAGUUUUUUGAGCAAUACCAUAACAGAUUUUUAAGUCUUAAUUCUUAUUUGUAUGUUAGCAUAAUUGUUACCUUUCUUAAUUUUACUCUUGCAAAUAUUACUUUGAUUUCUCCCCUUUUUUCUAGUCAGGUUAUUUGGGUGAUUAAAUGAAAUUAAAAUAAUUUCAAUAAUAUUUAAAAAAAAAACAACAAAUAUAUGACUUGCAUUUUUCUACAUGCUUAAUGUAGGCCAGGUAUACAAUGAUUUUGCCAGGUUCUUUUUGACUGCUGGACACUUUAAAAAAAAAAAUAUUAUUACCUAUUUGUUUAGAAUAAUUUAUUUUUAGUUUGAUAUCUUAUUUUAUAAAAUUAAUUAUAGGCUUACUAGAAAAGGUUCUUUGGUUUUCACUAAAGAACAUUAAUGAAAAACAAUUUAUUUAUUUCACUUUAGGUAUGGCCUGGUUGACAAAUUUCUUGGAGACUGUAUACUUCACAAUACUGGGAUAAAAAUGUUGAUAUGUACAAAAAUGUUGCUCUACAGGAGUUAUGCUAAACCAGUAUGUAAUUGUGACAUUUUUUGUGCAUGAUUCUCUGAUUGUCUGUUUAUAUAAGAUAAAUUUGUUUGAAUACAAUUUUUAAGUUUUACAUAAUGCAAUGGUAAACUUAGUCAUUAUGUAACACAAUCUCGAGGAGAGAGAGGAUUAAAUAACUUGGUCUUUCAUUUAAGAUAAGAAAAAUAAUUGAGCUAAAUUUAGAUUUGUUCAUAGAAAAUGCUUUAAAAAAUAAUCUUAACUCUUUCGAUGCGGAACAACGCACACUGCGUUCUUCCGCCGUUCUCAAAACCACGGACCAAAGCGCUGUGUGUUGUUUCAAUAUCAUGUUUGUUUCUUUGCUAUUUCUUUGUUAAACUUUUUAAGAGCUAUUUUUAAAUAAGACUUUUACUUAGAAGAGUGGUAUUUCAUUGUUUAUAAGCGAAACCAAAGUUUAUUUGUUGUCAUUUGAAGCAUUUUUUUAUGAUUUUCUUUGCGUUUUUUUUUUCUACUAUUGCUAAGGCUACCCUAGCCAUAGUAGGUAAGUUUCCUAGACGAUGAACAGUUAAAAAAGCUUUGGAAUUGUUUUAUACUAUUUCGUUUCAUAGUGAAGAUGAUUUAUAUUUAGAUGCAUCGCAUGAUUCCGAUAGUAGUAGUUUUAGAGGAAUUGAGUUAUAGAAGUUAAGAUGAGGUAUGCGUUGAUUAUAGGGUUGGGGGAAAUUGAUUUAGCAUAAAAUUUUUUCCACAUUUUAGGGUUCUUUUCUGCAACUUAUUUUUUUUAAAGUGAAGAAACAAGUGUACAAACAUAUAGUCCUUUCAAUUACCUUUCAUUUGAUACCAAGUGUAGUCUUAUAAAUCAAAGAAUAUUUUAAAUCUUUUUUAAUAAACCCAACCUAUCACUCUUUUUCCGCUCUUCGAAAAAAAUUUACAUUUUUUUUAAUAAAAAAAUUCCGCAGCAAAAGAGUUAAAAGCUUGAAUGCUGAAUCUGAUUCAUUUUAUAUGCAGAAACCUAUCUAAAUUUUAAAAUUAACUUCUUUGGCAAGUUUCUCUACUUGAAAUGACAUUUUCUAAUGCAGUCAAGAAGCUUACUUUUCAAAAACAUUUCUUUGCGCAGAAGACAAUUCUACACAAUAUUAUAGGCUACUUGGCAUCUUUUCAUACAAGGCGCCAUCUUCUAAUAGAGGUAAGCCUUUUAAGUUUUAUAUAGCUUAUUAUUUAGGGACAAUAUGAUAUAGAAUGAAGCUUUGCAAAGGAUAGGGGUCGGUGACUUGCUUUUUACAUAAACCUUAAAGGUGAGAAGAAAAUUCUUGGGCACUGUAAAUCUCUGUGUAUUGUAUUCAUUUCAGAUCAGUAGCUGUUAAUAAGUCUACCUUGAUUUUAUUUAUUUAAAAAAAAAAAUUUUGCCCUUUCAAUGAGCGAAGUUCACCAACAAAAACAUAUUAGCUGUAAAGUAUUGAUGUUUGUACAUUUGUUUGUUGUUUUUUUUUGUCCCCCCCCCCCUCAUUUUUUCCCACUGUCUGACCCCAUGUUGCCCUAAAUACAAAUAUCAUGAAUAUGUGAUUUUUUUUAUUUGGUUAUUUAAUAAGUAUUUGUAUUGUUGUAAUGUACAUUUAUUUAUUAUGUACAUUAUUGACCAAUAAGGAAAAAGGUGAGCAACCUAAAUUGUAACCAUAUUAAAUGAAGAAAUAAAUAGCUCAUAUAUUGUUUAGCCAAUGAAAGUGUCAUUUUAUUUAACCAAACAUGUUUGCAUUGUUCCAGGUGUGCAAAAACCUCCUGGGUGUCUGGGGAGACAGCAGCUCCAUGAAGCGCAUAUCAGCUGAACAACACCUUUACAUCUCAAAAGCUUUGAUGGCCUGUCUAGGAGUCAUGACUGAAGAAGAACGGAAAAAACACCAUGAUGGCAAGUAUUCGUUUUCAGAGCAUGUCAGUGACCUUUCUUUAUUCACUCUGCUUCUGGAGUGUUCAAAGUUCAAGAUUAUAGUAUUAUCAGGUAUCUGAUAUAUUUUAAAAUUUCUAUUUUUCCUAUUGAUAUUUUUUUUUGUUUUGAUAGAGCUCUUGCACCUCCUAAUGCCUGGUGUCCAAGCCCAUCUAGAGAGCUCCGACCCAUCCAUGAGAAUGGUCGGUAUGAUCAUUGCUAAAAUACUGACCCAAAUUGUAGAGCCAAAAGGCCCACAACUAGAGUUUGAACUUGACAUGACAGAUCCUCUGGUGAUAGAUCUGCUUUCAUAUAAAGAUCUUCCUUCGGAUCCAGGACCUUCAGAGGCUGAAAAGCAAGUUAUUUUUAUAUUUUAUGUGCAUUCAAUUUAAAAUGAAACAUAAAUGUGUUUUUAAAAUAAGAUACUUUUAAAAAAGCAAGCAACUUAAGGGUUUACUGUAAUUUUUAAAAGUAAGCAUAAAAAAAAAGAAUUGUGUCAUUAAAAUCGGCCUUUCUAGUUUAAAAAAAAAAAAUUAAUACUGUUAAAAGUAUUUCUGUGAUUAGGUAUUUAAUUUAUGAUGCUCCUAUAUUUUAUAUUUAUUUUAAUGAAUUUUUAAAAUUGUGAAUGAACAGAGAAAUUGUUUUACCUGAAGCAAAAGAGCAAGACAAUAAAAGUGACAAGGCAAAGAAAGAAAAACCAGAAGUCGAUCUCAAAGCUGAAGAAUCAGAACUAGACAGGUGUGAAAUAAUUUGAGAUUUUGAAAAAAAAAUUAAAAAUUUCAGUAAUUUCAGCAGUGACCUCUCCAACAACCAUUGGAAAAAUAACAUAAGGACAACAUUUUAAUAUUCAGAAUAUUUAUUCAAAAUUAUUAAAUUAAUAUAUAUAUUAUUUUUUCUCUUCUAAAGCUUAAAAAAUGUUCAAUUUAUACAUUGAUUUCAUAUAAUUAAAGCUAAAAAUGAGACUUAGAAAUAAAAAUUUCAGCCAUGGCUGCCAAGGACAGCAAAUUGAUAAAUCUGGUGUACUUGAGACUUAAUUACAUCCUCUUUAAGUGCAUAUUAUAUCAUCCAGAAAUAUUUAAUAUGAAAGGUGUUCUAUAUUAAAUAUUCUCAAUACAUACAGAGUCAUACUUUGAUGAAAUGUACAGCAUCUCAGAGCACUGUGCUCAAUUUGAGCUCUUUAGUGCAACAAGAUCAUUCGCUGUGCUCAAUCUGAGCUCUGGGGCUCAACUUGAUCAUACUCUGUGCUUGAUUUGAGCUCUGUAGUGCAACAGGAUCAUUCGCUGUGUUCAAUCUGAGCUCUGGGGCUCAACUUGAUCAUACUCUGUGCUUGAUUUGAGCUCAGGAGUUAAUAGGAUCAUACCCUGUGCCAAAUUCAAGAUCUGAAUUUUGAAGUUUUCAAAGGUUUAAAUCAGUAAAAGUUGUCAUGUCAAGUCCAAUAAGAGCUUGUAAAAAGACAUGAGUUUGAGUUUUUAUAGUUACAUACAUGCAAGUAGUGACACAGGUCUUUGACGUGUGGUGUUGCGUACAAAUAUUUCAGUGAUGAUGAUCUGGAACCCUAUGAUAUGUCCAAUGACAAGACGGUCACGAAACAUGCGCCACCAAAAUAUGUGCGGGAGUGCAUGGAAGGUAACAUUUUCAAAAAAUUUGUUGUUUGCUAUUUGAGAUCAACUUACAAUUUAUUUUGUCGUCAAUUAAAACUGUCUGCUAUAUCAAAAUUAUGAAAGAUAUUAUAAUUUUUUUGUGUAAAAUCGUUUAAUGUGAAAUAGCACUGUAUUUUUAGCAAGAUAAUAAUAGGAUUUGAAUGAGAGUAUAUUAAUUUCCUUGCCGUGAAAAUACUGCUUUAAUUCAUUAUGUUUUUUCACUUUAUUAUUUUAAUGCAUUAAUUGUUUAGGUCAGAGCUGGUUUCUUACAUUAAUUGUAUCAAACCCAACACAUUUCAAUUUCUAGUUGUAGCACCCAAACAAAGUUUUAAUACUAACAUAGAAAAAAAUAACUAUUUGGCUGGGAAGGGAUGCAAUAGGAGUUCAGAGUUCAAUUUGAACAUUUGGCUAAUUUUUCUAUUUAUCUCAAUCAAAUUUCCCUCCAAGGUUUAAUUUGCAGUUCUGAAGAACCUGAUAGGACCGAGCUCUGUCUGCAACACGCUGAGAAAUUAAUUAAACAGAAAUCAAGCGGCCUAGAGGAGGUAACCCAUUUCGCCAUGCUUUUCAUGGCCGCAUUUUUCAAGCUGUCUUGUGGUGGGACAAUAAAUGGAUCAUUUGUGUGUUCAGUCAUUGUUAAAACUUGAUUUUGCUUCUUCUGCGUCAAAUCAGACAACCGCAGAUGUGAGAUUGGUUAUAAAUAGAGGAUGAUGUCAGAGUUUUUAAUGUUUUAAGUAUCGUAAAAAUGGUCCCCACGCAGUUGGGAAAACCCAGGAACCAGUUCUUGGUAUAAAACAAUUUAACCCAAAAAAAGCUAAUUCAUCCCUUCCCAUCUGACCUUAUCUCUUGAUCAUGCUAAGACAAUAACUUUGUUUUUUUAAAUCUUUGUUACAUUCAAACACCCUGAAUUAUAAUAGUAAGAUCUAUUUGUUACAUUCAAACACCCUGAAUUAUAAUAGUAAGAUCUAUUUGUUACAUUCAAACACCCUGAAUUAUAAUAGUAAGAUCUAUUUGUUACAUUCAAACACCCUGAAUUAUAAUAGUAAGAUCUAUUUGUUACAUUCAAACACCCUGAAUUAUAAUAGUAAGAUCUAUUUGUUACAUUCAAACACCCUGAAUUAUAAUAGUAAGAUCUAUUUGUUACAUUCAAACACCCUGAAUUAUAAUAGUAAUAAAGAUCUAUUGGAAUUUUAUCUUGGGAUGCAGUUUUAUUUGAUUUUAGUUUUCUUAUAUCCUACUCAUAUCUUCUGAGUUGCCCUUUGCUUGCUUUUGAUAUGUUUAGUUCAGAGCUGGUCUCAAAUUGUGGUCUCAUGCUGUAGACUCAUGUGACUCUUUGUGACCUCAUUUUGUGGUCUCAUAUUGUGAUCUCAUAUUGGGUAUUAUAUUUUUGACUCAUUGUGGUCUCAUAUUGUGGUCUCAUAUUGCGUUCUCAUAUUGUUGUUUCUUAUUUGAUGUCAUAUUGUGGUCUCUUAUUGUGAUCUCAUAUUGUGAUCUUAUAUUGUUGUCUCAUUUUGUGGUCUCGUUGUGAUCUCAUAUUUGUGACUGUAUGGUCUUAAAUUAUGGUCUCAUAUUUUGUCAUAUUGUGGUCUCAUAUUGUGGUUCUACCUCAUCACUUUGUUUCACCCGCUGCCAGAUUGCCGUGGAGUUCACACAAAUCCUCCUGCACCUUGAGGACACCCACAGCUUUGAGAACUUUCUAAUCAACAGGUUCUCAGCGUUGGUGGCUUUGGCUGUGCACUGCCCGGAAAAGGUUUGUUAGUGAAGGUAUACUGGGAUGAGGUCUUGGGUUUGUUAGGAAAGUUGUUUGGAAGGGAUAUUGGGAUGAGGUCUUGCAACAAAGGUUUGUUAGGAAAGUUGUUUGGAAGGGAUAUUGGGAUGAGGUCUUGGAACAAAGGUUUGUUAGUAAAGUGGGAUGGAAGGGAUAUUGGAAUCAGGUCUUGGAACAAAGGUUUGUUAGUAAAGUGGGAUGGAAGGGAUAUUGGAAUCAGGUCUUGGAACAAAGGUUUGUUAGUAAAGUUGCUUGGAAGGGAUAUUGGGAUGAGGUCUUGGAACAAAGGUUUGUUAGUAAAGUUGCUUGGAAGGGAUAUGGGGAUGAGGUCUUGGAACAAAGGUUUGUUAGUAAAGUGGGAUGGAAGGGAUAUUGGGAUGAGGCUCUAAUGGAGUGGGGAUAAAAGCUGAUGAUAUUACAGAAGUUAAGUGAUGUGUUCUAAACACUUUAUUGUUUACAUUCACAGGUGGCUAAAUACUUAACUGGUCUGUUCUAUGAGAGGAACUACAGCAUCAGGCAGAGAAUGGACAUCCUUGAGGUAAAUCAGACCUGUCUCUUGUAGAUUUGGCUUUUACCAUCAAGUAUCUUCACAGCAUAAUUCUUUUUUUAAAAUUAUUAAAUUGGUUUGAGCUCAGUGAAUACAAAUAUGAAUCAGAUUUAUUUUAAUCUCUCUUUCCCAUCUGUACUUAUGUUUUUAAUUGUUUAAAAAAUUGUUCAUUCGUUGUGCAGGUUUUGGCCAAUGCAGCACAGAGACUCUCAGAACCAGACAAGCCAGAGAAAUACGAUGAGUUCGUUCUUUUUGUUAUUGAUGUUUCUAUAAGUUGAAGGGAACAACAGUUGAAUUUCUAUUCUUUAGAUUAUGUUUUGUUUAUUUAUGGUACAUUUUUCAAUAAUUUAAAAAACUAUUUUAUUUCUCUACAGCAUAGAAAAUAAAACAGUUAAUAAAAUUAAAAAAUGUUUUUUCUUAUAAAUGUUUAAUUAAUUAUUUUUUUCAAUUAUUUUAUUUCUAUGCUGUAUAUUGUUAAAAAAAAUUAAUUAAUUUCAAGUUAUUAGUAAAAACUAACUGUAUAAGAAACUCUGCCUUAUAAAAGAAAUGAAAGUAGAUGCGGUUAAUGAUACUUGCAUUGCACAAUUUUUUAUUUAGUCAUUAUUAUUUUAUUUUAUUUAUAUUUACUGUUUCAGGACUAAAGAGAGUAAGAUAUUGGAUGUCAGCCCCAACUCUGAGGCAAGCAACUGGAGGGAAAUUGUUCAGAGGAGAAUUGAGAGCAACACCAGGAGGUUUGUGCACGGUCCAUCGAGGCCACAACCAGUCCCCACAGCCAACCGCUUCAACCAAGUGGCGGGGCAUUUCUUCUACCCUCUGAUGAACAAGGCAGACAGAAACAGAUCCGGUUUGGACCUGUUGGGACAGGAUUCAGCUCUGCUCUUUAGACUUCUGUACACCCUGGCCAUUAUAUUAUACUCAGCCAUCAACUUGCCGGUAAGUUCAAAUCUAUGUUAACAUGCCAUCAACUCGCUGUUAAGUUCAAGUCAGGGUUAACAUUGUUUGUGUUUACUUUAAUUAAAGUGAGCAGACUCUUGACAUAAACUUUUAUAUAAUUUUAUUGCUUUAUGAAAAAUUUAAGAAUAAAAAGCUCUUUUUCUUCCUUUUUUUAAAAAAAAAAACAAAUAUUUUUUAAAAUUUAACAUUAAAUAAUUCUAAGUGAAAGACACAUUUUAGUUAAGUGAAAUUACACGUUGAAAGAAACGUUAAAAAUUUUUUUUGAAGGCAUAUCCAACUGACAACCUUCACAUUAACUGCAAGAUGCUCUAUUAACAUUUUAAGCCAACAUAAUUUUUACUGUUUUAAGUUUACCUAUUGCCCUUAUUAUCAUGGGUAUUGGAUACUCUGGCCGAGAUAUUUAUAUGUCUUUAAUUGUGACAUUUAUAUGUCCUUAGCUGUGACAUUUUAACUACAGCAUAUUUUUGUUCAUUUUAAAAAUUUUUACUACAUGUGGGAAUAGGCAAAACGAUGAUGACCAAACUUCAUUAGGUUAAAACAUGUUGCUACCCUAACCUGUGCACAGAACGUCAGUUUGAAUUUAGUGUCAAUGAUAGCUUCAACAUAUCACUUGUCAGUACUCUAAAAGAUCUUCUCAACUCUUUCAGUGUGCACCUCACAUGUGUCAGAACUUACUAGAUUUUACCUGGUCACUGAGAAUGCACACCGACAGGUAAGAUUUUUAAGAUUAUUUUUAAAAAAAACAACAAAUGUUUAUCACACAAAAAAAGUGACAUCUCGGCAUUUUCCCCUCAAACUAAUUCCUAUUUGAAAUAUUCAUUACUGUAAGUCAGCAGUCGUAUACAUUUAAACCACAUAUUGCUCUUGUGAUAGGUUUGGGUGAAACUACCCAUCUACGACUACUGACGGCUUAUCCGUUUGAAUAGAGUUUAAUCUUGUUGGGUUUAAGGAAAAAAAACAUUUUCAAGAAAAUUUGACUGCUGUAAUGAUUAAAUCUUUCAAAUUUAAUCAAACUAAUAUUGCCAGGGGUCUGUUUGACUAGGGCCCUCUGUAACAUUGCCAGGGGUCUGUUUGACUAGGGCCCUCUGUAACAUUGCCAGGGGUUUUUACGUUUGAUCCUUGAAAGUUAUUUUGUAGUGGAACUUGCAUUUAAAAGUUCUUAUACAGUUGUGUUUUUUAACAUUAAAAAAAAUCUGAUUCCAUCAAAGACAUUGAAAAGUUUCAUUGCUUAAUGUCCUAAAAUAUCUGUUCAUUUUUUAUAUAUAUCUUCAUUACCCAGUGUACGGUAAUUCAAAUUUGCUUCAUGUUAGCAACAUGGGUGUGCAGUCUCUAUAACUUGUGUCUAAAUUGUAUUAGUGCGAUGAUGUUGACUUUAUUAAAUUAUGUAUUUUGUUAUGUGCUGAAAAUGUAUCUUUACAAUGCAAUGAAAAUACAUUCCUUCAUUUGGAUCAAUAAAAGAAGCUUAUGUUAUGUUAUGUCAUGUUAUGUUAUGUUUUCUUAUCUUUUAAUAAAUAAAUUUAAAGAUGAUAUUUACAUUUAAGGAUAAUAUAUGUGUAAAGAUUAUAUAUAAAUGAAAGGAUUAUGUAUAAAUGUAAAGAUAAUGUAUAAAUGUGGAUUAAAUGUUUCAUCAAAAUGUCAGCCUUAUUAUGACUGUUUUUGUUUUUUCCCAAUCUGGUUUAAAAAAAAGCAUAAAAUCUUAAAUAUUAAAAUUGGUUUAUGUAUUGAAUCCUCAGCUCUGUCAGACAGGCUGUGCUCAUCUGUACAACAACAAUCUUCCUUGUGGCCCCGACCCACGUCCUCAUGACCGACCUCCAGUCAGAAAUCACAGACACAAAAGAAUGGCUGGAAGGUCAGUAUAAUCUUCCCAGUAUAAUUUCUAUUUCUAUGUGCAAAUCUUUAAACAAAUUUUGCUUUUCAAGAAAGUGUGCUCUUCAAGACAAAAAAAAUAAGAAAUACCUUACUUUCAAAAUUAAGUUUUUUUUGUUGUUGUUUUUUUUAAAUUUAAAAGAAGGGGGGUGGCAGCGGAAACCUCAAACUUCUCUCAUGGACCUCCGCUGCCACCCUUUUGAGUUGGCGUUUAACUUUAUUGUCUACUUUUAAUUUUACAUUUAACAAUUGAACUAUUUUUUCUUUUCAUAUACAUAGAAAAUGGAAAGAGAAAAAAAUUUAUUUUUCAUACUUUUUUGUGUGUUUUUAAAAAGAAAAUUUUUGUGAUGUGAACAGUGUCAGUGUUAAGACAAACGGACAUAAAUUGUUAUUAAUCAAGGCGGAAUGUCUGAUGUCCUGUAGAGUGAAGUGUGGAAAUCAUUGGGAAGAUAAGUGGCAUGUUGUGAAAUGGCAACCAAGAUGUAAACACCAAAGAUAUAAAACUUGAAAAAGAUGAUGGCUUUCUCGCAUCUGACUUUUCUGUGUCCUUGUUUGCCGUUUCUUUUCUGCAAGGAAAAGGAUGACACUUCAAGCGUAUUAAAAACCAGGAUGGAAACGCCAUCUCAGUAAGACUCACAAAUGUUGCUUCAUUAGAUGUUUUGGCAACUCAUACUUUUAAAAAAUGAAUUAUAAAUCAGGCCGGCAUAGUCGUCUGCCCUGACAGACUGAUAGUUGUCUGCCCUGACAGACUGAUAGUCGUCUGCCCUGACAGACUGAUAGUGGUCUGCCCUGACAGACUGAUAGUGGUCUGCCCUGACAGACUGAUAGUGGUCUGCCCUGACAGACUGAUAGUCGUCUGCCCUGACAGACUGAUAGUGGUCUGCCCUGACAGACUGAUAGUGGUCUGCCCUGACAGACUGAUAGUGGUCUGCCCUGACAGACUGAUAGUGGUCUGCCCUGACAGACUGAUAGUGGUCUGCCCUGACAGACUGAUAGUGGUCUGCCCUGACAGACUGAUAGUCGUCUGCCCUGACAGACUGAUAGUCGUCUGCCCUGACAGACUGAUAGUGGUCUGCCCUGACAGACUGAUAGUCGUCUGCCCUGACAGACUGAUAGUGGUCUGCCCUGACAGACUGAUAGUGGUCUGCACACCCACAAUCUGAUUAUUCUUAUGUCUUAUCUUCAGAAGUGUUACAGCAUGACCCAGAUAAAGAAUGCCAGAAGUUGUCGGCCCAGGGUUUGAUGCUCCUCAGUGACCAGAUCAAGAAGGAAGUAACAAUUCCGCCCUAAUGGCAUCUGUUAGGCUGAUGAUCAUUGUGGCUAUGAAUGAAAAGUUGUAUGUCAGUAAUUGUCAUGGGAGGAAUGGGAGGGAAUAUGUUGCUGUAAGGAAUGAGUGUAUGUUAAAUGAAGUAAGAAAUGUAUGUGUUGUUAUGAGUAUAUGUUUGAUAAAAUAAGAAAUGUAUGUGUUGUUGAGAUUGAACUAGUGCAUGUGUUUUGUAGUUGUAAUAAUU